AUGAAUAACGCUAUGCCAAUGUUUGAUGCAGCUGAACUACCACGUUUAAUUGACAAAAAAUAUCUUCUUCGAUUAUUUCUUAAUGCUAAUAAUAAUAUUAAAAGUAAGAAUUUAGGAAUUAUUUCGCCAGUCGUUUGUGUUCUCGAAGAUUAUACGGGUUUACAUGGAUGUCAUACAAUGCUAAAUAUUGAUACAGGUUGGUUUGAAUAUCAGCAUCGUAAUAAGAUUUGUGAAUUUAUCCGACAAUUGUCCUUUAUUCGUAUGUAUGUUGUGGGAAAUGAACGAAUUAUUGAGGAUGAUUGGAGUAAACGAAUGGUCACGCAAGAAAAAGACACUGCUCACGAACAUGAACCCAGUUUUGACAACCGAUGCGUCUUUAUUCAAAACGAAGAUAUUACAGAUGACAUUAAAUAUAAUUUUUCUCGUAUGUUCGCGACUGGCUGGCAACAGACGAAUAUAAUACCAAUUCCAUUGUCUUCACUUAAAGACAACUUCAAUUUCCAAAUAGCUCUUUUUGAAGCAGAACGAUGUUAUGAGAAUCGUGCAAUUCGUGUUACUGGUGAAUUUCGCACCUGGAUCAAGGAGCAGCUGCAAAAUAACAGAAACGAGGAGAUCAAAAUGAUCAAAGAGGUUGAAGAAGUUCCUUGUGAAAAUACAAAUGAUCGUCCAGAAAUCAGUCGUCUAAUAUUGACUGGCGUGUGGAGACAUCGAUUACGGUCGGAACAACAAAAUUUGCAUGAUAUGCAAGAAUUGACUUUGGAUGACAGAGACAUGUCUACAUCGGGACAGAAUGAUUUACAACAAGGACAUUCCACUCCUGUGUUUCGAGUGAUGGUUAGUCCACUACAAGCAUUACCACCUGGUUAA